AUGGCCGACGCCAAGCCUUCCGUCCUCAUUGUGGGCGGCAUGGGAUAUCUCGGCCGAUUCCUCGCUCUCCACAUCCACAAGAAUAAUCUGGCAUCCGAAGUGCGCCUCGUCGAUAAGGUUCUGCCUCAGCUAGCCUGGCUGGCCCCCGAAUUUUCCGAUGCUUGUUCCCAAGAUAAGUUCAUGCAGGCAGAUGCCAGCAAACCAGAUGGUCUCGCCAGAAUAUUUGAUCGUCCUGAUGGUAAAGAAUGGGACUAUGUCUUCAACUGUGGUGGUGAGACAAGAUACUCUCAAGAAGACGAGGUGUACAAGCUGCGAUCACUGAACCUCUCGGUCGAGCUCGGCAAGGAGGCUGCCAAGCGCAAAGUCAAGGCCUUUGUUGAGCUCAGCACCGGGAUGGUUUACAAGUCAGACUCGGCACCGAGCAAAGAGGGUGAUAAGCUAAAGCCCUGGAGCAAGAUUGCUGUCUACAAGCUACAGGCCGAGGAAGAGCUGGCCAAGAUUGAUGGCCUCAACCUCGCCAUUGUGCGACUUCCCCACGUUUACGGCCCUUAUGCCUCGCAAUGGGUCGCAACUGCUCUGUGCAUGGCUCGAGUAUAUCAACAUCUCGAGGAGGAAAUGGGGUGGCUCUGGACAAAGGACCUCCGGACAAAUACUGUUCACGUCACAGACGCCACGCGGGCGCUGUGGGAUAUUGCAGCUUGGUACGACGCCGGCAAGAAGAAUUGGGACGACGCCGCGAUGGGCAAGGUUCCCACAUUCAACGUUGUAGACAAGUCGGCUACAACACAGGGCACAAUGGCUGAGAUUAUCGGGGAUAUCUUCAAGAUCAAGACUGAUUUUCAAGGUCAAAUCGUGAGCACGUUUGCUCGUCUGAACAUUGACAGCGUUGUCGACGAUGUCAAUGAUGAGGUGCUCGGACCAUGGGCCGAGCUGCUCAGCGAAGCCGGGAUUACUCGCCCAGGCCCACUGACGCCAUUCAUGGAGAAGGAACUUCUUAAGGACACGGACCUGAGCAUGGAUGGCGGCAGAUUAGACAAGCUCCUGGGAUUUACAUACGAGAAGCCCAAGAUUACCAAGGCACUGGUGGAGGAAGUCAUUGAGAGCUACAAGAAAAUGAAGUGGUGGCCUUAG